AUGAAUUUCUUUUGUUACUACGCACAUGUUCUAGUUGUAUUAUGUUCUCCAAUUCAAACUACUUACUCCUGGUACUACGGACGAGAUGCUCCAGAUAGAUGGUCAGUAGGAGAGAUAUGGCCUCUUCCACAAAAAGUCAAGUACGGAGACGCGAAUCGCACCCUUAGCCCCGAUAAAAUAGGUUUUGAUCUCGGCGACAAUAAAAACUGUGACGUAUUAUGGAUGAAUGCCGAGAAUUACUUAAAUAAAUGGAUGUUUCCGUUUCCCGUUACUGCAAAAACGAAAGCGGACGAUUUCCUCAUCAGCGUUAAGGUUACGAGUGCUUGCCCAAAAGGUGUGCCACAACACGGAGAGAGCGAAGAGUAUAAGCUCUCGGUGACACGUGAUGGUGCUACGAUCUCUGCAGAAACGGUUUGGGGUGCAGUCCGAGGAAUGGAUUCAAUCAGUCAGCUUAUUUUCUUCGAUAACGAGAAAAUGAAGUACAAGAUCAGAACGGCAGAGGUUCACGACUUUCCGCGUUUUCCUCUUCGAGGUUUAAUGAUUGAUACCUCGAGACACUUCCUUUCAACAAAAACUAUCAAGAGGCAACUUGAUAUUAUGGCCAUGAAUAAAAUGAAUGUUCUACAUUGGCACCUCGUAGACAGUGAGUCAUUUCCGUUCGUUUCGACGAAGUUUCCCAAUCUUGCAAAAGUAGGUGCGUAUUCGCCAAAACACCAAUAUUCACCGAAGGAUGUGCGGAAAAUUAUCGAUUUUGCUAGGAUUCGUGGAAUACGGGUAAUUCCCGAAUUCGAUGUACCAGGACAUACGGGCUCAUGGCGUGGACAACCAGAAUUGCUUACCGAAUGUUUCGAUUCGGCCGGAAAACCCACUAAUUUGCCCAAUCUUAUAGAUCCUAGUAACGAAGAAAACUUUAAAUUUCUAGAGGAGUUUCUCAACGAGGUAGUGGAAACAUUCCCUGAUGAGUUUCUACAUCUAGGAGGUGAUGAAAUCGAGGACUUCAUUGUGGUUUUCAGGGAAAGAAACCCGAAAAUACGAGACUUUAUGCAGAAGAAAUCUUUUGGUAACGACACCACACUACUCGAGGAUUUCUUUUUUGAAAGACUUAACACAAUUGUACAAAAUCUGAAGAGCAAAAGAAGAACGAUAUUCUGGCAGGAAGUUUUCGACCACAAUGUGCCGGAAAAACAGUCCAUUAUCCACAUCUGGAAGGGGAGUACUCAUCAACAAAUAAUGAGCGAAGUGAAGAAUGUAACAUCGAAGGGAUAUGCCGCUAUCGUAUCCGCAUGCUGGUACCUUAACUAUAUUAAGUAUGGCGCUGACUGGAGGGAUGAGAUUCCAGGAACUGCACCGUCAAAUUCAAGGUAUUACUAUUGUGACCCCACUGAAUUUGAUGGCACUCCCGAGCAAAAAGCCUUGGUCCUAGGCGGAAUUGCAGCAAUAUGGGGAGAACUCGUGGAUAACACAAACAUAGAAAGCAGACUAUGGCCAAGAGCUUCUGCUGUUGCAGAGAGAUUGUGGUCGCCAAAGGAACAAACCAAGAAGGCAUCGGACGCUUGGCCACGAAUGCACGAGUUGCGAUGCCGCAUGGUGUCACGAGGAUUCCGCUUCCAACCUGUUAACAAUCCGGAUUUCUGCCCCUACGAGUUCGAUUCUUAA